CGCCCCCGCGAGCUUCGCACGAGGAUAGUGUUCUACCGCAAGAAAAGCGGAUCAGUUUUCGGACGACGUGCCCUUAGAAUGUAUUACUAGUGCGGAAAUUGACUCGUCUAUAUUAAAAUUUUUAUUGUUGAUUACUUAGUUGAUUCUUAAAAAUUUUUAAACAGUGUUAAUUGUUUACUUUAUAUCAUCAUUAUAAAAGGCAAAAGAAAUAAACAUAAUUUAAUAAAUAAAAUUAUUUCUUGAGGUAGGCAAUGAUUAUUAUCAAUUUUAAGUGAAAAACUGAUGGACAAAAUUAAAAAUUAUAUCUUAAAUAAUGAGAACAAGAACGUUAAAAAGUCAAGUAUCGUACUGAAGUAGCUAGAGCCUCAAGAUCGUGAAGAGAAGCCUGUAAUGACAGUGUAAUUCACAAUGUGAAGAGUCUAAUGCAUAAAGUAGUUAUGAAAAAGACAAAAGAACCAGGUUGCUCAUCAAGGAGCAUCUUAUUAUCUGAUGCCUCUAAUGAUGAUAUUAAAACAACCAAAACAGAUUCUUAACACAUUGUCACGCUAAUUUGAGUCUUCGAAAUGGGAAACGGCAUGAAUAAGGUAUUACCAGGUCUAUAUGUAGGCAAUUAUCGAGACAGUAAAGAUGAGGCACAGUUGAAACGAUUUGAAAUCACGCACAUCUUAGCAAUCCACGAUGCAGCUCGACGACUUCAUUCUGAUAAACAUUAUCUCUGUAUUUUGGCGGCGGAUACACCUGAUCAAAAUCUCACGCAAUAUUUUUCUCUUUGCAACGACUUUAUUCACGCAGCUCGUCUUCGGGGUGGUAAUGUCCUUAUACAUUGCCUCGCGGGAAUGUCGAGAAGUGUUACAGUUGCGGUUGCUUACAUCAUGAGUACUACAAAUCUUUCGUGGAAAGAAGCACUCAAAGUAGUGAGAGUAGGUCGAGCUGUCGCAAAUCCUAAUGUUGGAUUUCAGCAACAACUACAAGACUUUGAAUCUACUCGUUUAGCCGAAGAGCGAAAAAGAUUGAGAGAACGAUUUCCAAGUCUCGCAUUAACAGCAUCCGAUGCUGAACUUUGUAGAGCAACUCUUCAAAACUAUGAAACUCUAGCAUUGGCAAGAGAAGUUUGUGAAGGAAAAUGUGCAAUGGGUAGACAGUGCCCUAGUGGAAUGUGUCGACAACCUUCUAAAAGAACAUUAAGGCGAAAAUCAUCAACCAGCAGUACUAGUAGUUCUGGUUCUGGAAGAACACCACCACAAACCCCUCGACUUCUACCAUCUGCACCACCUUCACCAGCGAUGGCACGAUCAGCAAGUAUUAUUUCAGCAAAUAUUAGACCUAGAAGUGGUCCUGCCGGCUUACAUUCGUAUACAGGUUCCGCCCCUUCAUCACGGUCUGUAUCGAGAGUUGAUUUAUCAGCAGCUGUUGCUUGCAGUAGUGGCAGUACUUUAAGUUUAACGACAGUAGGAAGAAACACACCAAUGGCUCCAACUAGAAGUGCUAAUUGGAGAGUAGUUGGAUCUGCACCAGCAACCCCUAGAACAACUCCUCCAAUUUCUCCACAACAUUGGCCUCGACGACAAACUCCUCAAUUGCCAGCUCCACCGGAAUCUUCAUCAUCAGUGACGUAACGACAUGACAGCUUCGGAGAAAUAUUAAUUACAUAAUAAUAGACAUAUUGACUGGAAUUAUUUUGGAAUAAACUCCAUGUCUUUCAACUUUAGAUAGUUAAAAAAUAUUUUAACAUCAAACACUAAAUUAUCUUUGAUAUUAAUUGGAUUUCAUUGGUGCAACUAUUUUUAUCAUAAUUAGGAUUGACUUUUAUGAAGGCCUGAAAGUUUAAAUGACAAUCUUUGUUCAGUUAAAAAAAGGUACUUGUGUUCAUCGACUUCACUACUUUCAGCUAUUGCUGGUGCUAAGAACUAAAUUAUUUAUCUUGAUUUUCAUUUACUCCCGUGUAAAGAAAAUUUGUUCCAAAAACGUUCCUUACAGUGAACUUCCAAAAUUGAGACAAUUCUGAACUAUGAGUUGAACAUUUUUUAAACUUUAAAAUAAUUACAAGUGAGAAAAAUUUCCUACUAGUGUGGACUUUUCUUGCGGACUUCUAUUUUUUUUUUAAUUAUUUAAGCAAACACUCAUUUUUAACUUCCCGCUAAGAAAAUUCGGGAAGUUAUUGGUUUCGGUCCGAUUUUCGAAAACCGAAUUUCUAUCAGAUCUUGACGUUUUGAGGUACGAGGAAGCUAUUCUGACUAAUUUCAAGAUGAUGUCCGAGUGUAUGUAUGUAUGUAUGUAUGUACGUACGCAUGUAAAUAUCUGUACCUUUCGAACAGAUAAUCCAAUUUUGAUCGACAAGGUGGCAUUCGACGCGGCUUCUUAAAUGCUAUAAGCUGUGAAAAUUUGAGCUUAAUCGGUAAGGCGCGUUUGGAGAUAUUUCAAAAAUUAUUUUUUUGGGUAACUUGUAAUGUGCUCGAUGGAUUGAUUCCAAAAUCUAAUCAGCUCUAAAACUUUAUAACCCGCGUCGAAUGCCACCGCAACCACCAAAAUCGGUUUAUUCGUUCAAGAAAAACCGUUAACGAAAAAAUUAAAAAAAAAUUUUUUUUUCGUUUUUUUUUAAUUUCUCAAAAACGACUCGAUAAAUUAAUUUCAAAAUUUAAUCAGAUUUAGAACUCAAUAAAAUGCGUCGAUUGCCACCUUAACCGUCUCAAUCGGUCAAUUCGUUUGAGAGAUAUCGUUGGAGAAAAAAUGGUAAAAAACGGUUUUUUUCGAAAACAACGGCAUACAAAAAAUAUUUUUGAGCUCGAAGAGCUCAAAAACGUAUUCACAGCAAUGUUUUCGAGCUUAAGGAGCUCGAAAAUAGCGGGAAGUUUUAGGGCUGGCCCGCAGGGUCAACCGAUAGACCGAUUUUUUGGACUAUUUUUGAACGAGUACGAAAAGUGAAAAAAACUGACAUUCCCAAAAAGUUCUAAUAAAAGUUCGUAAAUAUUUUCAAAUCAUUUUUAUUUUUUUUUUCCUCAUAUAGCUGAAUAGUUCUAGUAUGAAUCGUAAAUGUUCAUAAUUCCUAGUUAAUUUAUUAUUUAUUUUUUUUUUAAUGUUCUUUAAACCCAAAAAAUUGUCAAAUGAAAUUAUUUGUGCUCAAAAUAAAAAAAAAAUAAAACGCGCAGGAAAACUGCACUAGUUGAAAAUUUUUCACUUUCUCAUAUUUUCACAGUUCCACAAAUGUUUAACUUAAAGUUCAGAAUUGUCUCAAUUCUGUAAGUUGAACAAUUCAUUGUCUUGAACGUUUUUGGAACAUUUUUGGAACAAAUUUUUUUUACACGGGCUACUUUAACAAAUGUUUUAAAUAGUGAAUAGAUAAUUGAGAAGUGAGAUUAAAUACGUAAGCACCGUCCGAAGUGGGUGCAGAACAAUAUUGAAUUAUUAUUAAAAUAAUAACAAUAAUAAUAAUUAGUUUGUUACCUAAACUAGAUAGAUAUUUAAUAAUUAAAAUUUUACAUAAUCUUGUUAUAUUGUUGGAUCAAAAUCAACGCGAAUGGAUAAUAUACAGAAAGUUAACAAUAAAAUUUUCUUUAAAAGUAAUUGUAUGCAAGAACAAAGACAACUGUUUUACAAUAUGACCGUCCAAAAGAUUGUUGGUUUUAUCGAUUCGCUAAAACAAGUAAUGCAGUUAUCAUAUAUACAUUUGAAGUAUAAAUUUUGUUGAAAAAAGUUUCGUUAAAAUCUUAUAACAAAUAAUUGAAACAUACUGUGAGUGCAAAUUGUAAAUAUUGAAAAAAGAAAACGAAAUAAUAUUUAAUGAAGUACAAUUGCAAUUUAAAUUGAAGAAAUAAAUAUAUUUCUAAUGGAUAUUACACAAAUAUAAAAUUUAAACAAUAACUUUUGGAAGUAUCUACAUCACUUCUAUAGAUUUCGAGCUUUUAUAUGUUAUUGAUCUAUUUAUUUUAUAAGAUAUUAAAGAUAUUUAUUUUACAAACAAUUAGUCAUUCUUUGAGAUUAUUCAGUUAAAAAUAAAAAAUUUGGUUAUCACGUUGUGAAUCACAAUGUAAUUAAUAAUUUAAGAUACCAAUCUCGACCAGGAAAUUCUCUAUUGACAAUUACGACAGUAUUUAAAAGAAAAAAAAAGAAAAAAUAAUAACUUACUGCUCACAGUAAUCGAAUUAAUAUAAAAAUAAACGAACAGCCGCUUUGCUGCCGCUUAAUCGAUUGCUGUUAUUCGACGAAAAAUAUAUAGUUAAAUUAAAAUUGACAUAAAUUCAAUGAUGUUUAGUAUAAGUAGAGAAACGUAGAUUUUUAUAAAUGCAUUCGCCGAACGGAUUACAAAUUAUAGAACCACAAAAUCAAUUUAGACUUAAUACGUCACUAAAAAAUACAACGGAGAAUAUAAUUAAAAAAAAAAAAAUAAUGAAAUAGAAUAAAUAAUUAAUGAAAAAUUAGAAUGAACUAAAUUAAAAUUUCACUGUAGAUCGAGUGAAUUUGUGUGGUAAACAAUAGUAAUGCAUUUCAUUUUAGGAAUGAAUUAUCAAUAAUAGAAACACGUGUGUUUUAAUAAAAUUUUCAAUUAAUAGUAGGGGAGAGGUGCUGCAAUUUUAACAAAAAAUUUUUUUUUUGUGAUUUAUAAUUUUGAAUUCUAAAACUGUCAAAAAGUUGCCCCCUGUUCAAAUUGCAGCAUCUCUCCUCUAUAUUGUGUGACAGGGGAUAGGAUAAAGAAGACGAUUUCAGACGAGGUUGAAGUGGAAUUCUCGAGCUGAAGGCGAGGGCUGACAUCACCAGAUACAUUUCAUUUUACCUGCAUUGAUACUGGGAGUUUUAACAUCUGGAGUCUAUCGAAACAUGCUAAUUUCUGACCCUAGUGCAGCAAAAAAAUAAUGCUGUAUUUUAAUUAUACAAAUUUAAUUAAUUGAGCAAGAAGAACAUUGACUUUUUUAUUUAUUUAAUAAUUUUUUUUUAUGGGAACUUAUAUUAUUAUUUCAAUUUCCCAAACACAACCGUCAGUUUUGUUGGCUAUUAGAAUGACAGAAAUAUUUAGAGGCUUACAAUAAAUAAAUGCGACUUGGCCAGGAGCGAAAUCACAAGCUAAUUAUCGGGCAAAAAUCAGUUUGUUUCGACUGGCAAAAGAAAAAUUUAAAACUCACAGUUUCAAUAUCCUUGGCGGAUCCAAAUUACAGUCAAUCACGGUAUUCGGAAAAAUUGCGGUAUUUUAACGGUAAAAAUACCACAAUUUACGGUAAACGUGUGGUAUUUUAUGGCAAAAGUACGACAUUUUUACUAUAAAUUUGCUGUAAGAGAACGGUAAUUUACCGUAAAAUUGGGGCAAGCCUGCGAUAUUCUACCGUAAAGUAAAGUAUUCCACUGUAAAAACUCUAAAAAUAAAGGUGACACGACAUUUGACCCGAAGACAAAAUACCCAGACAAAAUACCCAACGACAAAAUAUCCGCAAACCAAAACACCCGCAAUCUGAAACUCUCGCCACACGGUGUGAUGCUUUUUGGGACCAAGACAAUUCAUCCCGAGAAUCAAUUAACAAAAAAAAAAGAACGGAGAAAAAAAUCUCUUUGUUUUUUUUUUUCCGUGAAAAAAGAGUAUCUCAAUAAGGGGGUCCAGGGGCAAAGCCCCGGUAGGGUUCAGGGACCUAGUGCAACUUUUGACAUUUUUUAUGUGUGGGUAUAUUCUUUUAAUUGCACACACACAAAAUUCAUGAAAAAAGGGCGCUAUUUUCCAUACUUUUUUGUGUGUGGGUAUAUUUUUGUAAUUGCACACACAAAAUUAGUGAAAAAAGGGCGCGAUGUUUCACACCCUUUUGUGUGUGGGUACAUUGAUUUAAUUUCACACACACGAUAUUCGUGAAAAAAAGACGCUAUUUUUCACACUUUUUUAUGUGUGGGUAUAUUUUUUUAAUUGCACACACACAAAAGUCAUAUUUAAUAAUAAUAAUUGUUAUGAAUAUCAUAUGUUAAUACAAUUGUUAUUAGUAUUUAAUUUUUUCGUGAAAAAAAAAUGUAUGAUUAAAAAAAUUAAUUAUUUGCGUUUCUCUUCAUUUUACUAUUUUGAGGAUACAAUUAUAUUAUUGGGAGUAAUUGUCGUGGGGGUCAGUUGUCACAGGGAUUUAUAUUCUAAUUUUUUAAUUAAUUUAAUAUUAUAUACAUUAUAAUUACAAUUUCUUUUUUGUCUAAAUACAAUAUUAAAGAUAUUCAACAUCUAAUAGUUGUCGCGGGUAUUUUGGUUUGCGGGUGUUUUGCCGUCGGGUAUUUUGGUUUGCGGGUAUUCCCCAUACGAAAAAAAUAUAUAUCCGGAUAUAUCCGGGCCAAUCUGCAUAUAAACGACAAAUAUAAAAAUGUAUGUCUCAUAUAUGCAGAUUGGCCCGGAUAUAUCCGGAUAUAUAUUUUUUUCGUAUGGGUUUGUCGCGGGUAUUUUGUAUUCGGGUCAAAUGUUGCGUAGCCAAAAAUAAAAAACAUACAAUUCUUACCUUAAAGAUGCCGCAAAUUACCAUAAUUUGCUGUAUUUUACUGUAAUUCACUGUAAAAUGUCGUAUAUUACAGUAAUUUGCCGUAGAAAUAUGUAUGUUACGGUAAAUUCCGGCAACAUUUGGUAAAUUACCGUAAUUUGGAUUCGCCAGGGAUUGAUGAUAUGAAUAUGAUAUUCAAUAAGAUAUUUUCGUGAUCCAUUGAUGUUUAGUAUACUUAUUUGUUUUUUUUACACACCAUUGUUUACAUAUUGCAUUGCUUUCAUUUAAAUGUUUAUCAUAAAUCGAAAUAAUUAUUUGAUUUAAAAUAAGAUGACUGUAAAUUUGAAUUCUACAUUAUGGCUGUGUAUAGUAAUUUAACAUCAUUAUAUCGUGAGUAAUUAUUACAAAGCAAUGAUUUGUUAAUUGUGAAAAAUUUGUAGAAAUCAUUAUAAAAAAAAAAAAAAAUAAAAAAAAACUCAUGAUUUAAAUUAAAAAUAUAUACUGAUAAUAUACUGUUAUCCGUGUAAUAAACGAAUAGAUGUGUGAUUAUGCAAUAUUUUUAAUAAAUUUAAAUAGAUCUGUGAUGUACAUUAGAAUCAUCGCAAAUCAUAUCCCUAUUUCAUUGUCAUUGAAAAAGCAAUCUAUUUUCCAUAACAUAUCAAAUGAUAGCAAAUAAUAAUAAUAUUUAUAUUAAUAAUAAUUAUAAAAACGGAUAUUGUAGCUUUGCAAAUAAUCAUAUUGAAUAUGAAUGUAAAUAAGGUGAAUGUUAAAUUACGUAAACUAAUUUAAUACAACAAUACGAAAUAAUUAUAACUCUGAAUUUGUCAAUAUAAAAUUAGGUGACGUAUCUUUUGAUUCGUUUUUUAUUUUAUGAAGCAGUUAUUUUAUGAAAUUAUGAACUGCGUUAUUUUAAAGGUUUUAUUUAUAUACUCCAUUAUUAAUUAUUUUUAACAUUUAUUAAUUUUAUGAAUUAAUAAAAUGAAUAUAUGAGUAAAUUACAAGAAGUGAUUUGUUAUAAAUAUAUAAAAUAAAUAUUUUCGACGGUUUUGUGAUUAAAGAAAUACAAGGAAUGAUACAAUAUUUAUUCAUAAAACGUGUACAUUUAAUUAUAAACAUAUUGAACAUAUUUUU